AAAAAAAAAAAAAACCUUCUGGAAAGCAUUUCCAGCAGGCAUUGUCUCCUAGGGAACACAUGAAGGUGUUUUAUUCUCCUUUCGAGUCUACUUUUUGUCCUCCUUGUUCCUUUUUGCCGGUAAGAUGCGUCGCUUAAUGCCUUCCGGUUCGGCAGCGAAGACAAAUAUAACAACGCGGGAGCUUAAUGUAGAAAAACAGCUAAGCGGAAUUCCUCGAAGUUACCACGCUGUUGCUAAGGAUGCCAAAUUAGCGAUUAUUGCAUGUUUUCUUUCCUAAGCAGUAUCGAUUUACUGGGACAUUAAAAGCGAAAUCGUGGCCGUUUGUGGGGUGGGGGAAUGCCAAAAAAGAUUUAAUGGUAAAGUACGGCCAGUUGACUAUUGCAAAUUAGGUCCAUCCAUCCAUUUUUUACCGCUUGUUCCUUCAUUUUGGCGCAAUCAAUUCCUCGGGCGGGACUUGUGUAAGAGUCUGAGCAUGUCGAAUAUAUAACGCUCUCUCGCUGACAUCAUUCCAGGGCCGGCAGAUAUCUUAAUACAGGCCAUCAUUCACUAUGUGGGGAUCUUUAGUGAAAGAUGCCAUUGUACAAAGAGCUGCUUCCUGGACUUUCUGCAAUCAUGAUAUAUCUCAUCCCUAAGGAGACAAAAACAGUAUGUUUCUGAUCAGAGACGUUACAGGAGUGGCCAAGCAUUUUUUUUGGAAGAAUACAACACUUUCUAUGUGAAUGAACAGACGCUCGCAGGCAAUCGCCAUUGAGAAUCUUGGUGUGUCGGAGUAGUGAAAUAUGCUGCAGACAGGCAACUACUCACUCGUGCUGCUGAUCCAGCUGACACUACUGGCCUUUGACCUCUUCGUCAACUCCUUCAGUGAACUCUUGAGAGGAGCGGCCGUCAUCCAGCUUGUGCUCUUCAUCAUCCAGGACAUCGCCAUCUUGUUCAACGUGAUCAUCAUCCUGCUGAUGAUGUUCAACACCUACGUGUUCCAGGUAGGCCUGAUGUCCCUGCUGCUGGAGCGGUUCAGAGCCCUGCUGUUGUUCUCCGCCCUUUACCUGACCUUCAGCAUCUGCCUCCACAGCUGGGUGUUGAAUCUAAGAUGGAGAGAAUCUAAUCGCUUUGUUUGGACAGACGGCCUCCAAGCUCUCUUUGUGUUCCAGAGGACAGUGGCAGUUUUGUAUUACUACUUCUACAAACGUACAGCCGAGUACAUGGGAGACCCGAGGCUCUACAUGGAUUCUCUUUGGCUCCGUGAAGCCUUUGCCAAAGCUCGUCAGUAGAAUGUAUUUUCAUCAACUACUAAGGAACAAAUGCCUUCAGGUGGUAGGUGAACAUUGAUGUAGCAAUUUCUUCUACAUUCAAAGCCUUUUUCACAUUUCAGUUGCUUCAGUUCAUUCAUAAACUAAUCAACCUAAUAAAAGAUACUUCAAGAGGUCAAAACCACGAAGAAUCAGGGCUUAAGCUAUUUAGGGAAUGCUGCCAUUGUUUUUACAUUAAUGGCAGGACACUACAGUACUACUUUUUUACUACUGGCAAGAGGGCAGAUGCUUGAAAGCUUUCCACUGACAGGCAAACUAAACCUGGGAUAUUGUGUUAAUCAGUAUUGAGCUGGGUAAUCUAUGUGGCCUUUAAGACAGGGGUGUCCACACAUUUUCUACUGAGGGCCGCACACUGAAAAAUCAAAGAUUGUCAAGGGAAAUCUUGAAUUUGUAUAUUUUCAAAACCAGUACUACAAUAGAUUUAUUUAAAAGAAAAAAUUCUGCCCUGCAUGUCAGCUUUAUUAGGGUUAACAUUUAUGUCCCCCUUUUAAAUUACACCGGUUUGCUUUUUAUUCCACUUUUUAUAUACUUACACACAUUAUAUAUAUAUAUAUUAUAUACAAAGAAUAUUCUUUGAGUAUGCUUUAUGUAUAAUACAGCAUGUUUGUCACACUUAUGAAGAACCCUGUUGUCCUUAAUCCUUGUGUAAAGCUUAUACAGUAUGAGCUGUUUACAUGAUACCAAUGAUGACUACAAUGUAAGUCCAUGAUCCUGUCAGUAAUUUUUUUUUAGUUCAUGUUGUUUUAUUUGUAUUAUUAAACAAACUUUUUCCAA